AUGCCUGCUGGUGUUAGCUGGGGAAGGUAUGGAAUGUUUACUCUAGCAGCUUUGCUGUCUAUGAUGGCGGGUUCCCAAGCAGUCCAUAUUUAUUACAAACCUUUGUCAGAUAUGAAUAAGUAUAUAGAAGAAGAGAAAUCUAAAUUAAAAGUAGUAGAUAGAUGA